AUGUCAAAUCCUGGCGGACAGGGCAUUCAUCCACAACAGUCGUGGAACAGCGAGAAACCCGCUCCUCAUCCGCCCCAACAGCAGCCAGAAGACAGUCACCGUCCUUCGUCGUCACGUCCUUCGUCAAACUACCCUCCGCCGCCACCACCACCGUCGAGUUAUCCUCCUGCCCCUUUUACUCAGUCGCAUCCUCCGGCUUCAUAUAACCAACAACCACCGUAUCCUCAGGCACCUCCACAACCUCAACCACCAUCUGGCAUGGCUGCAGUUCACUCCCAAGUCCAGGGCUCUCAAGAUCCCUACCACCGUUUGCCUCCUCCGCCCGCUCCUGCCCCGUACCAGCGACCAGAUAUGUAUGCUCAACCGGGGCCUCCGCCUCAAGUAGUCUACCAAGCUGCCGCUCCCAGGCAGCGCACAGCGAUAGCUUGCCGCUAUUGUCGUCGUCGCAAGAUUCGUUGCUCUGGCUUUGAAAGUUCUCCCGAUGGACGCUGCACUAACUGUGUUCGGUUCAACCAAGAAUGCAUGUUUACGCCCGUUUCGUCUCAAGCACAAGCAUUCGUCCCCGCUCAUGCAGCCUAUCCCCAUUUGCGUAAUCAGGGCCAAGGGCGAGGUCGUGGUUAUCCUGGCGACGGAGUGGUCUUGUAUGGAGCCCAUGGUCAACCCCUACCGCCACAGCAACAAGCAGUCCCUGAAUCAACUCUGCCUCCUCCACAGGGUGCCUACUAUGCGCCUGGUUACGGCCGUCCUCCUCACAUGGAUGAUCGAAUUGCGCCUCCUCCAAUGCCGCAUCAUAUGUCCCACGAUCAGCGUCAACAGAGCGGCCGACGCGGUUCAGGUGCGGGCUUCGAGUAUCCCGAACCCAUCAAUCUAGCACCGGUUUCUACCGGUGCUUCAGCAGCUGCAUAUCCAGCAGCUCCAUACUAUCACGCACCCGGUCACGAUAGACGUCCCUCUCCUCAGUCAUAUCCUUAUGAACGAGGCUCUCAUGGUCCGGGCUACCCACCGAUGCCAGCUCAUGCGACUCCACCUCCGGUAGCUUCGUCAGUGCCUCCGCGUGGACCGUUGAAUGUUCGGGAUAUUCUAAACAAUCCACCCGGUGAAUCUCAGAAUGGCGGUCGAUCUAGCACAGAUAGCGAUAUGCUCAAUCAACUGAACCGAAAAGUCUAA